UUAUGAACCUCAUCCCUCAUCAUGGAUGGACUCUGUUGCCUUUCCACCAUGUUCGGGGGCAAUGGCAACUGGCAACUCCCGGUAAAAGCUCAAGCGGUAGCUCUAGGGGAGAAAUAAGAGCUUGAACAUGGAAAGCGAGAUGGCGGGCGGGUUAUUGUUUACAAACAUCCGAAAACUACAAUAUCCACUCAUAAUACUUUGUUGUCCAGUCUUCCCUCGGAAUGACGUGAAUUGAGAAGACGUCGAUGCGUGGUGUUUUUUAUAUUUAUCCUUGUAUGGAUAACUAGUUAAGUUAUUUAGUUACUUUGCCCAAGAACAGCUCAAAAUGGACAAGCUCCCGUCAGAGACGGUUGGGCUUAUUGUUAGAUGCUUGUUACAGCCUGAAAACGGCAGAAAAGCCGCCAAAAUCGCGUCUUAUGCUGGUAUAUCUCGUGCCUGGCAGAAUGCAGUGGAACUGCAGACGAUGCGUUCGAUUAUGGUUCGGAGUUCUUCAGCUGAAUGGGAAAUGUUUCGCCAGAUUUUUAUCGGUCUCCGUCGCCGGAGCAUACUCUCGGAGUUGCUCUAUUCUCACCCUACGGUUCCCAGGUGUUACCAGACAGGAUGGCCAGGUGCGCUGCUUCCGGAGAUGCUAGAGGAUUGUUCGAUUGAUAGGCAACAAGAAUUAGAUAUGGACUUUGAAUUGGCGGUACGGAAUCUGUUUGGCUUUCUCAGGGAAUGGGAGGAUGAGUUUGUCGCAGCCAACAUAACCCACCGGGCUGCCCCCCUGACUUUAAGAAUCAACCCUGUCUGGAAACCCCAAACGCUGUUGAUGUUGAAAUUCCAAGGACAGGAGAGUUUGCCAACCCUUUAUAGAGUGAAGUGUUUAAUCAUCCAUAGUGUGCAUCCCACAGCUUUCCUCAAAAUCGCAAACUGCCUUAGCAACGUUACGAACGUUUAUUAUUUUGUUUGGACGAUGAAUUUCUCAGUUCUCAGAACCAGUAUUCAAGAUUUCAGAUCAUCUCUCAGUAUGGCAUUACGAAAACUUUCCUUGCCUAGCUUGAAAUCCUUUCACGUUGGAUGUUCCGGUCGGUCCCUUCAAAAUCAUAAUUUGGACGCUCCAAGCUGGAAUGGAAAUCAUCCCAUUGACCUACUCUCACUAUCCCUGGCCCUUUUCAUGCAUGUGCAUCACUUAACCGAGAUCGAACUAAGAUUUUAUCCAUGGGGCUUGUCACCCGAGUUGUUCUGCCCAUUUUCACCCUCAUUUCCUACCAGCGUAACUCAACCAAAACCAUCAUGGGUCAACCUAGAACGGCUUAUGUUAACUUAUGGGAACUUGCAUCCUGGGGGAAAGUGGUACUUGAUAGGCUCCCCGGAAUUAGCACCUUUUGAUUUGUACGAGGAUUCCGAGGAUUCCGAGGAUUCCGACAAUGGGAGUGUUCUGGAAUACUUCGAAUGCCCUCCAUAUCAGUGGCGCUGGUUGUUCUGCCCACGUACCUUUGAUCCUCUCGUACGUGCAAUGAGUCGUGCUGUCUUACACAUGCCCAGACUCCGACAACUUAGCUUCACCCUCUCCUGGAGCGGUCAUUUGAUAACAGAGCAGAGUCUCCACAUAGAGUUUCUCAUGCCAGGAGAGACUACUGCUGUUCAACCAUGCUAUGACUCCAUAGUGGCAUUCGACCGUCAGUACGUUGGUUGGAUACGCUGGUACUCCUGGAUGAUCAUCGUACGGCCUGACGAUCGCGAUAUGGGUGUCGUUUGGCAGAUCCCCCGGGAUAUUAGGGAACUCUGGUGGGACAAGGUUGGGGUAGAGCGCAGGGGACUGAUUGCGUGGGGAACCAAGGGACCGAAUGCGUACGAGAGAAUUUCUGCUUCAUUUUCGCGGAAUGAAUGAAUCCUGUUGAGCAUGACGUGGUGGGCCAUCGCUCUACUCUUCCCGGUAGGGAAGUGUUGGCACUCCGAGCUGUGCACAGUGAUACUCAAAAUAGGAAAAAGAAAAAAAGAAAAAAAGGCACGGGGCGGAGGAGAUACAACUCAACGGAUAUUAAUACUCUGUUACUCUGUUUUAUUUAUAACCAGCGUUUUCAAUACAGACUCAAAGGAGCCUAUUCUCAGGGACUAGACCAUGGAGUGAUAGAGAGAGCCAAAAAUGAAAAUAAAGGUAAAGAGAAGGGAACGAAACCAAAAGGUAGAAACCUUCCAUUUAGCAGCCCAGAUGUUAGAUAGAACAUCGGUAGUUACCACCCUGUAACCUUGCCGAUUGCACCGUUAAAAUUAUACAGGCAACGCCUUGGGUAUGAUUUCUAUACAACCAUGGUUAUAUACAAUUAUACCGGCAGUGUGGGUUAAGGCCACAUUCGGUCGAAGAGGUAGAGACCGAAUCUAGUAUCUUUUGAAGUAAGGCUUGGUAUAUUGACAGAGCACAGGAAUGAGUAUUAUCAAUCCCUGUUCAAUCUAUCGCGAGCGCCAUUAGGUUAAAUAAACUACUGCGUCUCCAUUCUAGCAUCCCUGCACUCACCACCGCCAACCUCGCACACCACCUUCAAGUCCUCCACGCUCUCACCAACCCACAACUUCGCACCCUUGGCCAUUUGCGGAAUCUGCCAGUCCUGCGUGGUAACGUCCCAAACACUCAUAUCCCUCCGCGUAAUCUCAAGACAUAGAAUCUCGCUCUCGCCCGGCUGCAGCACUCGUGUUUUCUCAAACUGUCUUAGCUGUAGCUUGGGUGUAUCUGCCGCUCGCUCUGGUGGCGGCUGCACAUACAACUGUGCCACAGAGCGCCCGGCUACCUUGCCUGUGUUGGUGACUUUGACGUCGACUUUGAAUGCGAUGUCCCAGAGGGCUGGGUUGCCGCCCUCCCGCCCUCCAGCGCGCGGGGGCGGUUGGGGCGUUGUGCUGUACCCUUCCGGGUAUGGGUAAUCCUUGCCUGGCUUGAUGGAGGAAGGGUCAUCGAGGUAUGGGUAUAGGUAGCGCCAGAUUCGGUUCAGACCCUUUGGCCACGCUGCUUCGGCUGCAGGCGGGAUGUCGUUGGAGAAUGUUGGAGGGGAAAGUUUAGCAGGUCUCUCUGGGGGGUAUUCGGUGAGCGGUGUAACGGGUAUGAGUUUCGGCUCGCUGAAUUUGAACGCUGUGUAUGAAAGCCCGUGACCGAAGGGGUAUCGCGCGGUGAUGUUUUCCUUGACGAAGUGGCGGUAGUCGAUAUACAAGCCUUCGGUAAAUGUAUCUUGGAUCUGGAUUAUAGGGUCAUAUAUGAGAUUGACGCUGUCUGGAUAGUCGGCUUCGGAUUUCGGAAUCGUGUACGGCAGAUGGCCGCUGGGGCUGUGAUCUCCGAAGAGAAUAUCGGCAAUAGUACCUGCUUCCUGGCCUGGGAGAUGGGCAACCAACACUGCUUUCACCGAUGGGAGAUCGAUCCAUUUCUCCAUGAUAAUUGGGCCAACGGUGUGAACGACAACAAUCACAGUCGAGAACUUCUUCGCCGCAUCCAUGACAAGCUUGUCACCACCAUGCCAGGCAUAUAGACCCGCCAUCGUCCGGUCUCCUGGAUUUCCUUCAACGAUAAUGUAGUUCUCGCCAGAAUCCGAAUUGAUGAAGACAAUUGCAAUAUCUUCAGGCUUCACGUCUAUAAUGAGGGGGAAACGAUUGCUGAUGUGAAACUUUGUCUUCGGGGCUCUGGCCUCGAUGCCUUCUUGAGGAGUUACAAGGUAAGGAACUCUGGCUGUUCCACUUCCCCAUCCCAUCGUUAAGACACCCCUGUUGCAACCUCUGUCUGGACAGGGGUUGAGCCCCAGUGGAUCGGGACCCGCGUCGGUGCCAAAUACCCUGAUUGAAGAGUCCGGGUUCAAGGGGAGAACAUUAUCAUCAUUUUUUAGAAGGGUAAUACCAUCCCUAGCAACGGCUCUCGCGAUGGUAUUGUGGUUCUCUUGGACGUCGACGAAUUUGUUGACGAUGCCGAUUGGAGAAAAUACAGCGCCAGGGUGCAGAAGCCCCUUUUCAGCAGUUGUGUGGGUUGAGAAGUUUGGCAAUGGAAAGUCCUUGUCCUGCCCUAACUUGAACCAUGUAGCAACAAUCCGGGUAGCCUAAUCCCAAAGUUAGUUACCGAGCCUGGGGGUUAUGACCGUCGCGCAUGCAAAGUACGGGUAUAUGAGGAAAGGAGAGAAAUCAGCCAACGUACCAUAUCAUUUAACCGCUCUAGGGGUACAGUCCCAUUUAGGACCGAACGUGACAAUUCGCCUGCCCAAUAACUAUGCCCUGAUAAUGGAGAAGCACCAUCUCCUGGCAUAGCCAUGUCCAGGCCAGCAAGUGCGGAUGAAACGCCUCCAAUAUGGGCGAACCAAUCAGUCAUAGUGAAUCCCUGGAAUCCCAAUUCAUCUUUAAGAAUGCCGUUGAUCAGCUUGCUGUUUUGGCUGGAUGAGGAGCUGUUAACCUAUAGGAUAAAGUUAAUACCAUCUACUGAACUAAGAAGUUUCCCUCGUUGUUGGAAGUUGAAAUGAAGAAAAUGGUCGUACGUCAUUGUAUGCCAUCAUAACGGAACCAACCCCCGCUUUGACAGAGUCUGCAAAAGGCCAGAGAUACAACUCGUGCAGCGUCCUGUCAUCGAUAUUGGCCGAGUAUGGUUUCUGGAGGAAGUCCAGGGGCUGAACAGGGAACACCAUACGAAACAUCUCCUGCUCGUUUCCGACAAGAUGCUUCACAGUCGCGAUCACUCCCCUGCUUUGAACGCCCUUGAUUGUCAGGGAACUGGCGAUUCCCUGAAGGGAUGGAUCCAUGCCGAAUCCUUCCCAGUUCCGUCCUCCGCGUGGCUUGCGGCCCAGUGGACCUACAGAUGGACCAAGGUGGACAUUUACCCCUUUGCCACGAAACUCCCUGCCCAUCGCAACACCGCGGUCGUACAUCAACUUCUUGUCGAAUGUGGCUCCCACAGUGAUUCCUGCUGGGAAGGCUGUGAUGUGAUCUGUAUUUCGGACACCAAGGGGGCCGUCCUGCAGACAAAGCCUAGGGAUUCCGAAUCGAGGUGCACUUCCUGUCUGUCCCACGCAGGGGCCCAUAGCGAAACCGGUGCCUGUUGUCAGAUUGACUUUCUCAGCGAGGGUCAUGUUCGCAACUACUGCAUGGGCUUUGGCAUAUGCCUCUUCCCAUUCAGGUACCCAACCACCCACGGGUGCAGGAUAAUAUGGAGGAGACGUCCACUCUGGGGCACCAUUCUGCCUCGGUUCGAGGGGUGGAGAGCUGCUGGUAUCUUGGUUUGCAAGGGCGGAACAAUUUAGCGCACCAACGACACCAAUAAGAAAUGAUUUAAAGAACGGCAUUUCCAGAGGAUAAGGAAGUAAAAAUUAAAGAAUGAAUGAAAGAAAGGAAAAGAGAAGAGAAGAGAAAUCUAAGAGAAGGAAUAGGCGGAGGAGUGAAGGAUUAUUUCAGUCUCACUCAGCCUAGAAACGCUCAUCGACACAGAACAGGCUCAGGUAUUAUUUCCACCUCAAUGGUGCAGCCGUCCAGGUUGACUGACUGACUGACCACAUCACAGGGUAUUUCUGUGGCUUUAUAGACUGGAAGAGCGCCGUGCUGUGGCCCGGGUGGGGGAACAGUUGUUUCGUGCAUGUGGACUGGGGGAUGGAGGAUCUGUUAGUUAUACUUAUGACUGUUCUUGGGAGUAGACCUAACUGAUCCUAACUGAUCUGGUGAAAGAGGGUUGUUUUCAAUUUCAUCACUGCAUCACUGCAACACUCUUGUCCCCAUGCCUCCCUGUCUUCAGGCACAACUAACCUUAUGAUGCAUGUUUGUAUUUUCUGACAUGCGAGAUGUGCAUCGGUUCGGCUCUAAUUAUAGACUUGUUCUAUAUUGUAACUCUGGAGAAGUUGACAAUGCGGCAAUUCUCAAAUCUACCGUCAUGGCAUAUUCCGCCGUAUCCGGCAGUUAUAUGCCUCUGCCUCUGUUCUCGGUGCCCCUGACCCCUCAGAUAGAUCGCUGCCUCCCUGUCUGCCACUCGGUCUCGCUAGUUCAGUCACUCAUUUGCUCACAUACAAGAUAUAGUGAGUGAAGAGAAUGUCAGUGAUUGCUUAGACAUAAUCCUCUUUUCUUUUCUGUUUCUUUUUUUUGUUCGUUUUCUUAGUGUAGUUAUACCUGUCAACCAAGCUACGAGAUUUGCUGGAGAUUCUCAGCAGGCGGCCGCUCUCCGAACGGCUUAAAAAAAAAAGAAAAAAAGCCUAAAGCCUAAAGCGAGGUCUAACUUCCCCUGAUUCUGCAAUCGACAAUACGUUGGAAGAUGCUGAUCACCGCCAUAUUCCAGGUUUCCGGUGGGCCUUCAAGAGCCGGCAAUAAUAUGCCUCAAUAGCAACAACCGAUUAGGCGGCAUUAACCCUCUUUUUCUUCCCUGUCUUCCAUCUGCUUCCCGCGCUCUUAUUCACCAUCCAGUGGCGUCCCCUUGGCCCAUUGGCCGGUCGUGUGGGCAGCGGGCAUGCCUGCUGUGAAACGCGAGGAAACUCACCACGCGCCAGCCGAAUUCAAGUUUUCUCAAUGAUAUUUCUUUUUCGCCCCCUGUCAGCUGAGCGCGAUUCUUUGCCGGAUGGUGCUAAAUUUCACCAGCCAAAAUUGAUCAGGGGUUCAAGAGUCAGGCCAGGUCGGGCCGACAGAGAGCCCUGAAAGCCAAAACUGCCGACAUUUUUGUGGGUUGAGCAUGGAGCCGUUGUCAACUUGUCGUAGGGUUGAGUUGCGCCUAAGCCUUCACCUGGCGCGAAAUACUUGGAACUACCUAGAACUAGAUAGAGGAUCGACAUGACCGAGGUGACACGAAACAAGCACAUGGGAAGGUUCGCUCUAUAAACAACCCAUGGGACAUGUUGGAAGGAUUCGUAGGUAGUAUCGGCGCAUGGUUUAUAUCUCGCUUGCGCAUUUCAGCCGACUUGGCCAAGAAGUAGUAAAUAUAGCGCCACCAAACAAGCAUCAAAGGGAAUUAAUAUUUUGGAAAGGGGCAACGACAAUGUACGCUGUAUUAUUAAUAGUGCCCCCAAAGCACACGAGGAGGCAGUGUGGGGCUACUUGGUUGACGUCUCUGCCGAUAGUAUUCCCUUUGCGAGAUUCAGAGCUUCGUGAGGAAUGGUUAAAGGGUUUGUCGACGGAAAUUUUGACGAGAUAUUCCUUAAUUUACUACCAAAUAUCUUUUUUAUAGGAAAUCAUACUUCGAGGGGGUGCUCGUUGGGAUCUUUCCCAAACCGGUAAGGUAAUAUCUCAGACGGUCUAUGUAUGUAGUAAAAUUAAGUAGAAAAGUGGCCUGAACUACCAAAUACUCGAAGCAAUACCCUUUAUCACAA